ACACCCUCCACUCUCAACAAAUACACAAACAUGAAAUCUCAUGUACCAUAUUUUCUCAUCUUCUUACCAUGCUUUCUAGCAAUCAUUUCAGCUGAGCAGUGUGGGAGACAAGCUGGUGGCGCGUUAUGCCCCAACGGCGCGUGUUGUAGCCAAUACGGGUGGUGCGGGUCAACCACCGAUUAUUGCGGACCCGGUUGUCAAAGCCAGUGUACCCCUAGUAGCUCCGGCGAUGUGGGGUCCAUCAUAACUCCUGCCCUUUUUGACCAAAUGCUUAAACAUCGCAACGAAAAUAGCUGCCCCGGUCAUGGGUUUUACACUUACAAUGCUUUCAUUGCUGCUGCCCGUUCUUUUAACGGGUUUGGUACUACUGGAGAUGAUUCGACCCGUAAGAGAGAACUUGCUGCUUUUUUGGCUCAAACCUCACAUGAAACUACUGGAGGAUGGGCCACAGCACCAGAUGGGCCAUAUUCAUGGGGAUAUUGUUUCCUGAGAGAACAGGGCAAUCCACCAGCUUAUUGUGAUUCGCCUAGUUGGCCAUGCCCUCCUGGUAAAAUGUACUACGGUCGAGGCCCCAUCCAAUUAACUCACAACUACAACUAUGGGCCAGCAGGUCAAGCUAUUGGCGUUGACCUUAUAAACAACCCAGACUUAGUAGCCACUGAUCCAACCAUAUCAUUCAAAACAGCCAUAUGGUUUUGGAUGACCCCACAAGGCAACAAGCCUUCAUGCCAUAAUGUCAUUGGUGGAGGGUGGAACCCGUCGGCGGCCGACCGGGCGGCGGGCCGGGUCCCGGGUUUCGGCGUGAUUACAAACAUCAUUAACGGAGGGAUUGAAUGUGGGAAAGGUCAAAACGCUAAGGUGGCUGAUCGAAUUGGGUUUUAUAAGAGGUAUUGUGAUAUAUUGGGAGUAAGCUAUGGAAACAACUUAGAUUGUUAUUCACAACAACCUUUUGGUAACGGGCUAAAAUUGGAUCUGUAUGGUUAUACCGAACAAAUGUAAUACUAUGUAAUAGUAUCAUGAAAAAUAAAGUUGGUGUGUUUCAGUGUAAUAAACCUACUCAAUAAGUUAUAAUCUUGCUCGUUUAGUGUC